CAGUUUGACAUUGACAAAAAAAUCAUUAUUGAAAAGCUUAUAUGACAAUUUUGACAAUCACAUCGUAAUCGUAAUAAAAUAAAAAGUUACAUAUAGAUCCACAAUAGAAGGUGAAAAUUAUGGCCACGAAAACUAUAGCAAGUGCGACUGUGCGGGCAGUGAAGAAACGUAUGUUGCCUUCUAGAACAGCUUUAAUAUUAACCCCAUCAGCAGUACAAAAAGUCAAAGAAAUUAUGUCAAAAGAAGAGGCCAAGGGAUUCAUUGGCUUAAAAGUAGGAGUUAGACAAAGAGGUUGCAAUGGACUCUCAUAUACACUAGACUAUGCUUCUGCUAAAGGAAAACUUGAUGAAGAAGUGAAGCAGGAUGGUGUUACUAUCAUAAUUGAUAAAAAGGCACAGUUAACAUUAUUAGGAACUGAAAUGGAUUUUGUAGAAGACAAGCUUUCAGCAGAGUUUGUUUUUAAUAAUCCAAAUAUUAAAGGUACCUGUGGUUGUGGGGAAUCCUUCAGUAUAUAACCAAAAUAGAUGUAUGAGUACAUACAUAAUUAAAAAAUCUUGCUCCUUGCAUUAUUCUGAGUAUUUAAAAAAUAAGUAGUGAUAAAAAAAAACUUACAUACAAAAAAAUAGUAUGGCUAUUUUUGUACAUAGAUUUCAUUUCUCCUUGCAAAUAGAGCAGUGUUAGAAAAAUUACUGUAUAAUGUAUAGAUAGUUGUAAAAAUUUCUUAGUGAUAAGUUGUCUCAUAUACUUUGAUCAUUGUAAACAUAAUUUCUUGUUGAAUUGGUUUUGUCUUUAGUUUAACACAGUUGAAAAUAAAAUUAUUUAAGCCAAA